CCUGAGAAAAAAAGAGAGCCAAUCUAGGUAUAUCAUAUUUUGUGCUCAAUCAGAGAUUGUCUGCAGAACAUCGAGCCAAUCUUCCACAAGACACCUUCGCUGGAGCGCGGACAACCAACCAUUGCACAGUAAUUGAUCGACCACAGAGCUAGUUUGUCGUGUGCUGGCUGGCUGGCUGUUUUGUGAUUGAGCGCGCGCGCAACUUCCAGUUCAACAUGUUCCUCCGAUUCGUUUCGAUUCUGGCUUUGGCCCUGGUGGCUGCCACAGUCGUCGAUGCCCGAGUCAAAGUGACGGUGUUCUACGAACAUCUGUGCCCGGACAGCAUCCGCUGGAUAUCCAAUCAGCUGGCUCCGAACUACAACGCUCUGCGCAACCAUAUCGAUCUGGAGUUUAUCCCGUUCGGCAAAGCUAGGAGUAUCAACGGAGGGCAGUCCUUCGAGUGCCAACAUGGCCCGCUCGAGUGCGAAGGAAACAGGAUCCAGUCCUGUGUGCUGAACCAACUGCCCGAUCAGGACCGACAGGUUUCGUACGUUACCUGCCAGAUGAGCUUCGACGCCGAUCCUCGCGGAUGGGAGUGCACCUUCCGUUCCGGAGUGGAUCUCGUGGCGACGCAGAACUGUGUCGAAGGUGUCCAGGGAGUGCAGCUGCAGCUGGAAGCCGAACGCCGAACCCAGCAGAUUCCGUUGACUUUUGUGCCGAGCUUCGCGUUCAAUGAUCAAUUCGACCAAGAGCUGAACCAACUGGCUUUCCAGGAUUUCCCAGCCGCUCUCUGUCGGGUGGAUAGCUCAAUUGCUGGAUGUCAGUAAAAGACAUGUUUAAAAACACAGAUUGGAAAUAUUUUUAAUCUGCUUUUAGGAGAUGAUGUAGAUAGCUAAAUCCGCAAGUAAAAGAUAUAUUUUAUUGCUUUCAUAA